GGAUAAAUGGAACUAACAUUGGCAAGAAGAGCUCUGAUGCUAUCAAUUAUAAUGCUAGUAGGUUUGGCGAGUCUCAUCGCCGGUAAUAUCUCCGGCAAGAAUUUGUUGCCCGUGGGUCAUUUUCCUACCGGUCUCUAUCGUGACCACGUGCAAAAUAUGCAAUCAUUUAAGACCUCAUUUUCCGGCAGUCUCUACCGUGAUAGAGGUCGACGGUCUUUGCCACCGACCUCUGACUCUCCCUCUCCUAGCUUAGCUCCGUCUCCACCUCCGUUGGUAAAUCAAAGUCCACGUUUGUAUCACGUGACCUCGUAUGGACCAGAUCCAACGGGCAAAACGGAAGGCCCAGAUGCACUAUUUAAUGCAAUAACAAAUGCAUUUAAUCAAGGUUUAAGUGAUGGGUUCUUGAUGAAGGGAAUUGCUAAUCUUGGUGGCGCAGAGGUUAAUUUUGAAGAAGGAACUUACUCCAUCAACCGCCCCCUCCGGGUUCCCACCGCCGGCCGAGGUAACUUUAGGCGGAUGAGAGGGGAUCUCCUUAAAGUAUUUGCGUUCGGAAAAAUUAUGCAGUCGUAUCAUUUACAUAGCAUUAAAAUAGGGUAUAAAGCCAAGUAG